GCCUACACAAUAAACAUAACCUUAACCUUUGUUGUAUAAACAUGAACGGUUUAUUUGUCGUUAUUAAUCAUUUAUUAAUUAAUGAAGUAAGGUAUCUUCUUGAAUGAUAUAAGUUAUUAUUCACGCUAGGAGAUAUACCUAACCAACGCUGCAACCAUGUUUCUAAUAUUAUGUCUGUGUUUCUUAAAUCUUCGUGCAACUAAUUCUAUUAACUUAAAGGAUUUAAAUGUACCAGCAGAACAUCUUCCUUAUGUUUUUAAUGCAUAUCCUAACAUCGCCAAAUCGUGUGCUGAAGAUCCGAAAUGCCCUUACAAAGCACUAGCUAAAAUGAAAGCUUGUUGGGGUUAUGAGCCCACUUGUGAAAGAAGUAAUUCAUAUCAUGUUAGACCACGAUGUCCUGGCGAUCAUCGAGGUUGGGUCAAGACGAAAGAGGCGCAAUAUGAUACUUUUUUUACACAAGCGGAUUUCGGCUAUAUUAAGGAGCAAAUCAGUGAACUGAUGAUAAUGUGUGAACCGUCAUAUCCACAUGAUUCAUCCUUGGAAUGCUCAAAGUAUUUAAGGUUUUGCAGGGGCCGGAACCUGAUGCUCAAUUUCACUGGGCUGAUUGGCCGGGGGGAUAAUCUGCGUUACAAGUCUGACAUCCUUGGUCCUGGACAAAUAGGUGGCUACUGCAAGUUCUACUCAGACAGACUGAAGAAAGAAGCGGAGCAUUUCAGCCAACUGCAGUCAUGGUCUUCCGAGCUUCAACAUUUCGUCAGAACGCCUUCCAGACCCGUGGAUGGUGCGUUAUGUGACGUCACUAUUGAAAAACCAACUUAUAUCAUGAAACUGGACGCAACUGUCAACAUGUAUCACCACUUCUGUGACUUCUUCAAUUUGUAUGCAUCACUCCAUGUCAACUCUACUCACCCGUCCACUUUUUCAAAGGACAACCACAUUCUAGUUUGGGAGACAUUUACAUAUGGUUCAGCGUUUCAAGAUACAUUCAAAGCGUUCACAGUCAACCCUAUAUGGGACUUGAAGAAAUUCAGAGGGAAGGUGGUGUGUUUUAAAAAUGUUGUGUUUCCUCUUCUGCCCAGAAUGAUUUUUGGUUUAUACUACAAUACUCCUUUGAUAUAUGGCUGUGAACAAAGUGGAUUAUUCCACGCAUUUUCAAAACAUAUUCUACACUCAUUCAAUAUAAAGCCUGAUAUUAGGGAGAAUAAUAAAGUAAGAGUAACACUACUGUCCCGAGGGACCACCUAUAGAACUAUAUUGAAUGAAAAGGAAAUAGUGGAGGCAUUGCUCAAAGUGAAAGGGUAUCACGUGCAACGAGUCGUGUACGACCGAACUGUGCCCUUCGCUGAGCAGUUGGAAAUGACUCACAACACAGAUGUGUUUAUUGGCAUGCAUGGGGCUGGUCUUACUCACCUUCUCUUCUUACCUGACUGGGCUGCUGCUUUUGAAGUCUACAAUUGUGAAGAUCCGAACUGUUACGCAGAUCUGGCGCGGCUGCGCGGACUUAAGUAUGUCACUUGGCGGGACAAAACGAAGCUAGUUCAACAAGACCAGGGCCACGGACCAGGCGGUGGGUCACACGCGAAGUUCACCAACUACUCGUUCGACGUCGAGGAGUUCCUGCGACUGGUAGAAGAGUGUGCGACCUACGUAAGAGAGAGACAGGACUUUCAGAACUUUAUCGAAGCUUCUGCAGAAAAGAGAAAGCAUGAAGAGCUGUGAUCGGUUUUUAGAUUAGACUAAUUUUUU